UUUUUCAAAUAAAUCGUUUGAAUGAUUUUAAAGGUAAAAACAAUUGCAGCUUUCUUUGCACAAUUCUGAUGGAUUUAUAUGUGGAGCUAGUAUUUUGUCCAAAAAUUGGGGUAUCACUGCUCUUCAUUGUCUACUUCCAGAUAGAGAAACAAAUUAUUUCGUGAGAGCUGGCUCGAACAAGCUUUACCAAGGGGGAUCGUUGCAUAAAUUAACAAAGAUAUACAUGUAUAACAAUACCAUGUUCCAAUAUUGGUUCUCGAGUAUACUGUACCACGAUAUAGCGUUGUUCGAGGUACGACCUCGCUUUCGAUUCUCGAGCACUGUUCGAGCUGUUCGAUUGCCCACCGAAUUCAGCAAACCACCUCAGCAACUGUGUGUUUGCGGUUGGGGUUAUACCAGUGUCCAAAGUAACGCGAAAAUUAGCGAUAUUUUGAUGGGAAUCUGCAUUCGCCACACACCAUACGAGGCAUGCAUAGAGGAAACUCCAGAAUAUAGAAUGCUCGUUAAGAAGGAUUACCAUCUUUGUUACGGAGCGAGUGGAAAGGAUUCUUGUUACGGGGAUUCCGGAGGUCCGUUGGCAAGUAAAAACACCCUUUACGGUAUCGUCUCUUUCGGUCAAAAUUGCGCCAUAGUGUCAGGGGUGUACACAAAAGUCUCUUACUACAGACGAUGGAUUAAGCAAAUCACGAAUCUGUAAUCGAGUAUCAGUAAAACAGAUGGAGAUUUUAUUAAAUUUUUGUUGCCGAAAAAAAAUUCGGCAUCGAACUUGGAAAAUCGAUAAUCAUUUAUUAUUUUAUAUAACGAAGUAACAAUAUGAAAAAUGGAUAAUAAAGCAUGAUGCGAAAUUGAUUCGACGAAAAAAAAGGUCGAUUGUUUCUCGUGAGAGAGGAGCCCAUUUCCAGGAAAGUGAAAAACCCGUGUCCAAUGUCAGAAUACUGUGAAGGCUUGGUCUGUUCAGGUUCGAUUCACGCAGGAAGUCCAUUACGCACGUUCUGCGCAAGAUCCUGUCGCGCACACACAACCACUCGGCGCACGUACCGUGUACUUAGGGCUGAAUGAAGUUCGAACAGGGCCCUUGGGUAAUACGUAAUUAGAAAUUAUUGUGCGCGAUUGUAUUUCGUAUUAUCGGCACGCAUGAGUAAGUAUGGUUAUUUCUGGACAAGUUAGAAGAUAUGCGAUGAAUAGUCCGAGAUUUGGAGAAAUGAAUACUAAUUUUCUUCU